AGCCGGGGAUGAGCUGUUGCGUGCAGCUGCCUUUUGUGCGCCGCGAUACAGACCGAGAAACCUCCUUCCAGGCGAAACACGCACGAAAAAACAGUUCGAAAAGGGACUGAAACAAAACGGAAAGUGCAUCCACGGAUUACACUCUGCUGGAGAUGAGAUUGUGGACAAAGGGGAUUUGACGCGAUUGGGGAAACUUCGUGUUUUUUGGAGACGUUCCGCUCUUUGUGCUUCGGGCUGUAGAUGUUUCUCUCUGGGCAGAAAGGCCUCCAAGAUAGAUUCCCUCAGGAGUAAAGUGGACUUGCUGCGCCUCCCUCUGGCCCUCUCCUCCAAGUCCAUCGGUGACUGCAAGAGCCAGCUGGGCGUGGUCUGGGAGAAGGGCGGCGGCUCAGGGGCAGGAGGGGCUCGGAAACCCCGCCCACCGCCAGCCUCCGACAUGGACAGCGAGUCGGUGUACUCGGCGUACUCCUACAAGUCGUCCCACUCGCGAACGUCCCGCAAACACAGAGAGAGGAGGGACAAGCAUCGCGCAAAGAGCCGUGAUGGAAGCGUCCGUGGAGACAAAACGGUCAGCAUCCUGGCUCCUGGCGAGCCGCUGCUGGAUGCUGAGUCCACCAGGGGAGACGACAGGGACGACAACUGGGGCGAGACCACCACAGUGGUCACUGGUACCUCCGUGGACAGCAUCUCCAACGAGGAUCUGACACGUGUCUCUAAGGACUUGGAGGACACCUCGCCGCUGGAGUGUCGCCGUUACUUUGGCGUCGUGUUGACCGCCAUCCUGGGGCUCUUUGCUAUGGUCACUCCUCUGGCCUUUUUGGCACUCCCACAGCUGCUGUGGCGGGACAAACUAGACCCUUGUGGAACUCCAUGCGAGGGUCUUUACAUCUCUCUGGCGUUUAAGCUCCUGAUCCUGCUCAUCUCCACCUGGGCGCUUUUCCUCCGCCCAUCUAGAGCUACUCUCCCGCGAUUCUUCGUCUUCCGGUGUCUGCUGCUGGUGCUGGUCUUCCUCUUUGUGGCGUCCUACUGGCUCUUCUAUGGGGUGCGGGUGCUGGAGCCCAGAGAGACGGACUACAGGGGCAUUGUGGGAUACGCGGCCUCUUUGGUGGAUGCGUUGCUGUUCAUUCAGUACCUGGCCCUGGUGCUGCUGGAGAUCAGACAACUGCAGCCUGCUUUCUCGCUGAAAGUCGUGAGGACAACAGACGGAGCAAGUCGCUUCUACAGUGUGGGACAUCUCAGUAUUCAGAGGGCAGCAGUGUGGCUUCUGGACCAGUACUACAAUGACUUCCCGGUCCAUAAUCCAGCUCUGCUUAACCUGCCCAAGUCCAUCCUCACUAGAAAGAUGUCGGCCUUCAAGGUCUACAAUCUCGGAGAAGAGAACGGCACCAAUGCUUCCACGGGUCAGUCCAGAGCCGUGAUCGCAGCCACCUCUCGGAAAAGAGACAACUCCUACAGCGAGUACUACUACGAGGAGGCCGAGGUGGAGCGGAGGGUCCGCAAGCGCAAGGCCCGACUGGUGGUGUCAGUAGAGGAAGCCUUCACCCACAUCAAGCGCCACCAGGAAGAAGAGGCGACGGUGUCACCGAAACACCCACGAGAGGUCAUGGACCCGAGGGAGGCGGCUCAGGCCAUCUUCGCUCCCAUGGCGCGGGCCAUGCAGAAGUACUUGCGAGCCACCAGGCAGCAGUCCUACCACAGCAUGGAGAACAUCAUCAACCACCUGCAGUUCUGCAUCACGCACAACAUGACCCCCAAGGCUUUCCUUGAGUGUUACCUCAGCCCAGGUCCCACCCUCCAGUACCAGGACGCCAGCAGGGGGCGCCAGUGGACACUAGUGAGUGAGGAGCCAGUGACGGCGUCUCUACGUCAGGGCCAGGUCUUCACACUGAAACGCACGGACUUCUCCUUGGUCGUCACGGUGACGGCGCUGCCCUUCCUGCAUCUGGCCGAGGAAUUCGUUGACCCCAAGAAUCACAAGUUUGUCAUGAAGCUGCAGUCAGAAACAUCGGUGUAGGAGGAGAGAGAGGAAAUAGAUGUUUUAAAGUGUACAUGCAGGGUAUCCUUUUAUCUUUUUUUUUUUUUUUUAAUAAACAUUUUGGUAUCUUACUAUACAAAACGUCUGAAAUCAAAACGUGUUAAAAUGUGGAUUAUUUGAGUAGUUGAAAUCACAGUCAUGUGUCUAAAAUGUGAUAUUUUCACCUCGUUUGCCCUGUAAUCUCUCUUUAAGGUGAUUUUGUUUGGACAGUUGAUCACAUUUAAUGAACCCAACAGUCACUACUUUAGGCGAGGCCACAAUGACUAGUCACUGACUUUGUUCCUUUUUUGUACCUCAAAGUACUGACUGUUUACUUGUGAUAAAGCACAUCACGCUGCUUCCACUUCCCAUUGUAUCAAAAGCUGUUAACAGACGUAACAGCUCCUCUCAGGAGAAAAGACGGGGGGGAGAAGCUGCCUUCUCUUAACUCUGACGUGUCUAAAUAUGAAACUCUUACAGGAUAGUUUUGCUGUGAUAUGAGGUCACGGCUAUUGUUCUCUUCUUACCUGGUUUUUUUUCGUUGGCUCUGUUUGGUACGGUGGCUGGCAGUGGGCAAACGCACCGCCAUGACCCAAAACCCACGCGGGAGGAGCGACGAGCUGCAUAUACACAAACGCUGCAGAUUCAAAUCGGCAGUAGUUUGCACUGGGCGUAGAAAAGUAAAAAGGGGGUUAUCUGGACUUUUUAAUUAGAUUUUUUUCUCUUUUCCAAACAUCGUACAGUACAACUGGUUCACAGCACACUAUCAGAUAUCAAUGUACACAGUAAUUCAGGCGUUAAAAUCCAACGUCAGAUAGUUUGACUACGGAAAACGAGUGCGGGAUCGCUUGACCUCUUGGGAAAGGUCUUUUAAUAAAGUAAGAAUUAAGCAGUGGCUGGUCGUAGAGCUGCACGGCGGCGAGCGCUCGCACGGACCCCGGAGCAUUUCCGUUAUUGCUUGUGUUGUGGGGUUGGGUUUGUCACGUUGCGUGUGUUUUUGUUUUCCUUUGUGCUCGUGAAUCGGCGGCGUCUGUGAACACGCAGCUCGUUUCUCCUCCUGCGCGUGUUUUGGCUCGUUGCGGUGCGUUUGUCCCCCGUCGGCCACCGUAGCUUUGAGCAUCAAUGGAGUCAAAAGUGCAAAAAAAAAAAAAAAAAAAAAAGGUUCCCCUGAACAAAACACUGGAUGGACUUUGAUUGUAACUGCUCCUUGUUGUCGCCUACAUGGAUGUUAUGUCGUGGUUACCCAUGCACUGGUAACACAAGUAUACAUAAUGUAGAAUAAAGCACCAUUGCUGUGGGCGUAGACUGUAAAUAAAGAUGGAAAAAAAUGAACUCUGAAGCCA